CUUUACCUAAGAACGCUAUAUUCAAGAUUGUGUUCGUCAUUUCUUAUUGUGCUUCAGAUCUAAUCAGAAUUUGUAAAUGUAGCGGCAAAGGAUAGGGGGAUUACAUUUAUGUGAUUAUUGAUUCGGGUUUGUACUAGUUUAAAAGUUGAAUUCCACAAUGGCGUCGAGGCCAGCCGGAUUGCAGCAACCAAGGAAAUCGACUUCGAAAUAUGCGAAUUCGCCUUCUUCGUCGACUACUUCGUCUUCGAAACAGUUCCCAGAAGCGUCUGUUGAUAAUCUCAGCUCACCGGCGUCAUCUGCUAGAAGCAAGCCGCAAUACUUUUACUCCGAGAGUUUGCCAUUGGAUUGUGAGAGAUCGAAAGAGAAUGUCACUGUUACUGUCCGGUUCCGGCCUCUCAGUCCGAGGGAAAUACGGCGAGGGGAGGAGAUUGCGUGGUACGCGGAUGGAGAAACUAUUCUACGGAAUGAGCAGACUCCAUCAAUAGCUUAUGCAUACGAUCGGGUGUUUGGGCCUACAACCACAACACGUCAUGUAUAUGAUAUUGCAGCCCAACAUGUUGUUAGCGGUGCCAUGGAAGGUGUUAACGGAACUAUUUUUGCCUAUGGCGUGACAAGUAGUGGAAAGACUCACACCAUGCAUGGUGAUCAGAGAUCUCCAGGAAUUAUUCCCUUGGCUGUAAAGGAUGCAUUUAGUAUCAUUCAAGAGACUCCAAACCAUGAAUUUCUUCUUCGUGUCUCAUAUUUGGAAAUUUACAAUGAGGUUGUUAAUGACUUGUUGAACCCAGCAGGACAAGAUUUAAGAAUACGAGAGGACGGUCAGGGAACCUUUGUCGAAGGAAUAAAGGAGGAAGUUGUGUUAUCUCCUGCCCAUGCUCUUUCUCUUAUUGCAGCCGGAGAAGAGCACAGACAUGUUGGUUCAACAAAUUUUAAUUUGCUCAGCAGCAGAAGUCACACAAUAUUUACUCUGACAAUAGAGAGCAGCCCUUGUGAAAACAGCGAAAGCGAGGCUGUUAACUUUUCACAGUUGAACCUCAUAGAUCUGGCAGGUUCUGAGAGCUCCAAGGCUGAAACCACUGGUGUUCGUCAAAAAGAAGGGUCCUACAUUAAUAAAAGCCUGCUAACUCUUGGAACUGUCAUAUCGAAAUUAACAGAUGGGAGAAAUUCUCAUAUACCAUAUAGGGAGUCAAAAUUGACCAGGCUUCUUCAAUCUUCGUUAAGUGGUCAUGGAAGAGUAUCCCUAAUUUGCACUGUUACUCCCUCGUCAAGCAAUUCAGAAGAGACACAUAACACAUUAAAAUUUGCCCACCGUGCAAAACACAUUGAAGUUCAGGCCGCUCAAAACAAGAUCGUUGAUGAGAAGUCCCUUAUCAAGAAAUAUCAAAGCGAAAUUCGAUCUUUAAAAGAAGAAUUGGAACAAUUAAAGAGAGGAGUCGUGACAGUUCCUCAAUUGAAACAUACCGGCAGCGAUGAUUUUGUUAUCCUUAAACAAAAGCUAGAAGAUGGUCGAGUCAAGCUACAGUCAAGACUGGAGGAAGAAGAAGCUAAAGCAGCUUUGUUAAGCCGAAUACAGAGACUGACAAAAUUAAUUUUAGUCUCCACCAAAUCUUCGCACUCGUCUGGAUUUUCUGGUCAUCCUGGUCUAAGGAGAGGACAUUCCUUUGGGGAAGAAGAGCUUGCAUAUCUCCCGCACAGAAGGCGUGACUUAAGUUUGGAUGAUGAAAACAUUGAGUUGUAUGUUUCUCUUGACGGAAGUGUGGAAACAAACAAUGAUGUGCUGAAGGAGGAGAAAAAAAUCAAGAAGCCAGGAUUGCUAAACUGGUUAAAACUGCGGAAACGAGAUGGGGCUUUGACUGCAAGUGAUAAAUCAAGUGGGGCCAAAUCUAUUAGUCCGCUUUCAACUCCUUCAGCAGGUCAUAAUCAUCCUAUCGAAUCCGUACAUUCACACUUUUUUCCUACAGAAUGCACAUCUGCUGAGUCCUUGUCGGUGGCCAAACAAGAUCGACAAAUUGAUGAUGAUGCUUGUUCACAGCAAGAGACUCCUAUGGCAGAGAAAACCAGAUUGAAUGAUGAAAUCAAAUUGAAGAACGAACAAAUCUCAUUUCUGGAAAGCCAAAUUGCCGAUUCCGUCGCAUCAUCUCAUCACACAAGGGAUGAAGCCGAACAAUCAAGAUCUGUUUCCGAGCUAGAAGCACAAUUAAAUGAGAAAUCCUUCGAGCUUGAGGUGAAAACCGCAGAUAAUCGAAUAAUUCAAGAACAGCUCAACAAAAAGAUCAAUGAAUGUGAAGGACUACAAGAAACCAUUGCAUCCUUGAAACAACUUCUUUCCGAUACACAUGAUUCAAGAAACGUAAGCCUAGUAAAAAUGGAAGAUACAAAGGAAGACUUGCUUCGGCAGGCUCAGGCCUUUGAGAUCGAAGAACUCAAACAAAAAGUGGUUGAACUCACCGAGUCAAAACAGCAGUUAGAAAACCGGAACAAAAAGCUGGCAGAAGAGAGCUCAUAUGCAAAAGGACUGGCCUCUGCUGCUGCAGUUGAACUAAAAGCUCUAUCUGAAGAAGUUGCAAAACUAAUGAACCACAACGAGAGACUAACGGCCGAGUUAGCCGCACCGAAGAACUCAUCAGCCCAACGUAAAACAACAGGUCCCACUAAAAACGGACGCAGAGAUACAAGGCCGAAAGAACAAAGUCCAACUCAGAUGGAAUUGAAACGAGAGCUUGCAUUGAGCAGGGAGAGAGAGAUGUCUUACGAAACGCUAAUCUCGGAAAAGGAUCGAAGGGAAUCGGAGCUGAGACGGAGAGUAGAGGAGUCGAAAGAAAGAGAAGCGUAUCUCGAAAACGAGCUGGCAAACAUGUGGGUUAUGGUGGCAAAGUUAAAGAGAACGCAAGGAGCGGAAACGGAGGCAUCGGAGUCGAGUAAAGAGAGCCAAAGAAUCGAUGGUUGGGAGAUUUGGGAUGGGAUUGGAGAAACGAAGGAGUUUGUAUGAUGAUGCCCAAAUGGUUUUUGUUUUGGUUUGUUUGGAUUAGAAAUGGGUCUGUUUUGUGUGCAAUGUAAGAGGGUCAUUUUUCAAUUGGCUUUUUUAGAACCUUUAACUAUUGUGUAAAUCAAGUUGUUUCACUCGUGUUCUUUUAA